AUGCCUGCCUUCACCGGCACCACGCCCGAGUCCAUGCUCGGGCGCAACGACUCCCUCAACCCAGAGGCCACCUGCAAAGGCUUCACCUCCAACGGCCGUCCCUGCCGCCGCCCCGUCUCUCCUUCAGGCCACCCGCCGCGCAAGAACGGCAAGAAACUGGCGCCCAGCAACGACGACGGCGAGGACUCGUACUGCUGGCAGCACAAGGACCAAGCCGGGCGCUCGACGCGCAAGUCAAGUUCGACCCCGCGGCCAUCUCCCUACGGCGGCGGCAUCGCCGAGGAGCGCUCGAGCCUGGAUACUCUCGCCGACAGGCUGGGGCUGGUGGACUUGAACGCUCGACCCGGCCGGUACGAUCCCGAGAAGCGCUACGGCGACGAGAGGCCCACGAAGCCAAAGUCGAGCACCUUUUGUUUCUGCUUCACCGUGCCGGAGGAGGACUUUGAUGAGCCUCCCCGACCUGCCCAGCCCAGACCGCAGCCUCAGCCUGUUCAACAUGCUCGACCCUCUACCUCCUCAGCCCGUCCGCAAGGUCACUCUCGCCCUACCACCUCUUCGGCUCCCACGGCAGGCCACCUCAAGUCUCUCAUCCCAGACGCUCUCGAUGCCCAUACCACCACGACCCUCAUGGCUGAAGUCGCCAAACCGCCCUCUGACGCCGACGAGCCCGGCUACAUCUACAUGUUCUGGCUGACGCCCGAAUCCGCCGAACCAGCCCCUGUCGACGCCGCAAGAAGCCUCCUCCAGCCUCCCCCUCACAACGGCGGCAGCCGCAGCAGAAGCCCCAGCGACGUUGUUUCUUCCUUUAACAAGAACAGCAGGGACCCCAAGCCAAAGACGAUGCUCCUCAAAAUCGGCCGCGCCGCCAAUGUCCAGCGCCGCAUGGCCCAAUGGUCUCGCCAGUGCGGCCACGACAUCACCCUGCUCCGCUUCUACCCUUACAUUUCCUCAUCCACUCCUUCAUCUUACGAUGCUUCUUCCGCCUCGCAUGCCAGAGGACGGGCUCCUUCUCCACUUUCUGCGGCCUCUCCCCAUCCCACGCCUCACGUCAAGAAGGUGGAACGCCUAAUUCACCUCGAGCUCGGCGGAAUGGGUCUUCGCGCCGACCUUGGUGCUUGCGAAGCUUGUGGACGAGAGCACAAGGAGUGGUUCGAAGUCGACGCUACGCGGGACGGUGUCAGGAUGGUCGACGACAUUAUUCGACGAUGGGUGGGCUGGGACGAUGGCGCCCUUGUUGGUGGACGAUGA